UGAAAUUGCGUAGAUCAAAGGAGUCACUCACGGCAAUUCGCCACUCGCCACCCGCAACGGAAGAUGGAGGAUAGAACAGGAGUGGACAAUGGACAAUGCAUCGCUGGAAGAAAAAUAACAACAAAGAAGAGCCAAAAGACCAUAGUGCGGCGACUCUCAGACCUAUAGGAUCUACAUAACGAGGCUAUGGCUCGAGCACUUUGAUUCAUUGUCAUCCUUUGGUCGAUGAAUAACAAAAUACUCCUAGCUCGCCUCCCCAUUUUGUGUUCCAAUCUUUCUUCCUUCUUCCUCACUGCAUUACCUACUGCUUGUUUGCCACCGGCACAUCCCGAUCAUCCUCGCCAUGGCAGUCGCAGCCCAGCCCACGCCCUACCUCUCAGCCGCUUCAGCAAACGCCCUCAUCUCAGACCUCCGCCCGACAACCUUCUCCGCCGCCGCCCUUACUCAUCUCAAUACGCUCCUAGACGAACUCCUCAUUGCUCUCCUUACCGCCGCCCGGUCUCUCAAUCCACUUGACCUCAGACGAGAGGCCAUUCCUUCCUUCUUUUCAGGUGACAGGGGUACAGGCGAUACUACUGGAGUGCGAGCGCUAGGCAGGAAUGCUGUGGCCGAGGCCGAAGUAGAACUGAGGAGCUGGCAAGAAGGGAGAAGCGUUUGGGGCUAUCCCCCGGACGGGAAAGGUUCCGGGACCAGAACUGGCAGGAGCUUUCCAUUACUACAGGCUGUUGAACUGAUGCGUGCCAAAUGUGUUGCUUUUUCGACCCUUGCGCCACAGGACGAGUCGGACCAAACCAAGGAGCAGCAAGCUGUUGCCGAUUGGCUAAAAGUCGGAGGUGACGCCAGUGAAGAGACUAUUGUACCGUCGGCUUUGUGGAUCACAGCCAUCAUCGAACAUGUAUGUGAGCAUAUCCUGUCAUCGGUCGCUCGCAUUGUAGCUCGAGACUCUGGAACGGCAGUCGCUGGACCUCAAGAUCUCUACACAGCACUGUGUGAAGACGAGUCUGUCUGGGGGUUUUUCAAGAGGAUGAAGGUCAAAGAUCAACUUGAAUUAACUAUUCGGUCCAGCUCUCGAUCGAAACGGUUUAAUGCUUCACGUUCUUCUCCGGACAACCGAUCACAAGGUCGUGCCUCCCCUGCACUGUCAACUGCGUCUCCAGGAGAGGACGCAUCAAUUGAUACUGCCCGCAGCACUCGAAUAGGCUCCCCAUCGCUUGAAACAAGUUCAACAGGCGGUAUCGCCGGAGGCAUUAUCCUAAAGGGUUCUACGCUUAUUAAACGUGGGCCGACCGGCUCACCCGUCACCAAGAUCCUUCAACGUGCUCAGCACGAGCGUUCAGGCAGCGCACUCAGCGCGAAUACCAGAUUUAUCCUUGGGGCCUUUCACGACACUUAUGAGCAAGAAGGAAAUCAGAGCCAAGACGAAGCGGACGGGAAGGAAGCGCAAGACGAGUUCGACAAGCUCGUCAGGAGCGGAGAAACACGCAAAGUCAGUUUAACCCCAGGCAGACUUAAGAGUUUUGAGGCUGCUAAUCGCAAGAGGGAGCCUCAUUUGGCAGAUAUUCAUAGCCCUUCAGCAGGUCAUCUCAAUGACAAGCGACGUUCUCAUUCGAUCACUCGGGUUCCGGUCCCUACAGGCCCUCUGACUCCCCCGCCCAACCUGGUCGAGCAAUCUUCAUCCCCCACUUCGGUAUCCACUCCCCCUUCCCGCCCGUCUCUUGGCUCAAGACACACUAAUGAAUCUGCCCGAAAGCUUAUCGCAAGAACGGCAAAGAUCAUUCAAGAACAAGACGAGGAGGAGGAAUUGCGAGGCGCCACAAGGUCCGAAAAAGAGAGCCUAUUCGGUCUUUUGGCGGAUGACACUUUUGUAGCUCUGGAAUCAAAGCAGACCCCCACCAAGAGGACUGUACCGGCCGUGAUACUGGGUACGCCGCCGCCUCCGCCUCCCCAACCCCCGGCGUCCGCGAGUUCCGGCAUGCGUAAAGCUGCCCUAGGACCGAUAAAUAGUCCAUCACAAACCAAGUCGCCUUCCGCUCGUGUUAAAGAAGCCUUUUACAUCACGCCAUUCGCGUCCAAUGCAAGUGAUGCAGAUGUGCCGUCUGAGGACGACGAGUUUGUUCACGUUCAGAGGAGAAACAGGACAGAAGCACAAGAGCUUGCAGAUUUUUUCAAUAGCGAACCCCCUCCAGGUUUGAUGGCAGAUGACGAGUCCCAUAUUGGGCAACCAAAAUCUUCAAAAUCCAAGGGUUUCAGAGGUUUCAUCUCGAAAGUUUCCCUUUCGUCCAAAAAGCAGGAUGACGACAAAUAUCGUCCACCGCCGGCUGUCAAGCAACAUUCUCGAACUCAAGGGCAACCCUUGUCUUCGACCAGUCUUUCGCAACCCAACUCUCAUUCCUCAACUGCCCAGGGCAAAGGGGGUCGGAUGUUGGAAGUGAGGAAGCAAAAGUCAAUGGGAAAUAUGAUGACAGGAAUGCAAUCUGUGUUCAGAAAUGAUCAGUCUGAACCUCCCCUUCCGCCAGCGCCACUUGCUGCAAUUGAAUAUUCAGCGCCAAUAUUUCAGCAACAGCAUGUGUCUCCGCCUAGAACACAGACACCUCCAAAGGUUGCACCUGUGCGCGAGCCAGCGCCAGCAUUUGGAGAAAACAUGGUUUACAGAUCCCCAGGGGCUACAUUUCAUCAGACAGUCCAGUCUCGUUUUGGAAUUGGGUCGAUGGAAAAGAUUGCCGGGCCAGACGUGACGCAUGCUUCCGUCAUUAACCCUAUUGAUCCGGUCAAUAUGUCCAGUGAAAGUCGAGUAAGGUUGUCGUCACCAAACAGGAAUGAAAAGAAGCCUCUUGUUAUCGGCAAAACAACUUCUCUCACUGCUGCCACUACCUUCCUCACUCCUUCUAAGAACCUUUCUGUAACACCCUUUGAAUCUCCAACAGUCAGUUCGCCUGCGUGCACGUUGAGUUUCACCACUGCAAACGAGGGCUCUGAUGGUGAACAUUCGCCUAUUCUGGCCAGAGCAAAACCUGAAGAUCAGCGGUCAUCUGAGUCCGACCAGCCAACACUUAUACCUGCCUCUUCUGGAGUGCCUACUGAGGAGGUUGGACCGCAAUCGGUGUCCCUUAUACCUCGGGAGCUGACAAGUGAGCCCGUCACGCCCCGAGAUGCUGUUCCGAAGCAGGAUCUUGUGCCCCUGCGUAAUCUCCUUGACCAUGCAACAUCAGCUUCAGAAUGCCGUCUGCUGUUGAAUGCAAUCCUUACACAGUUUGGUGUACCAUAUCCUGAUCUGGAGCCUGGUCAGGGUGAAGGAAAACGUGGUGGUGUAGAGAUGCCCGAAGGCAGGGUCAUAGCAUGGUUGUUGGCUGGUAGGGAAGGUCCUGUUGGCGACUAUCUCCGCCAGCCUCAAGCCGUGGUCCCUGUAUCUGUAGCAAAGGAAGACGAUAAAAAGGAUGAUACGUCAACUACCGAUCAUGACCGGCUCAUUACACCUACUCGGAUUCACUCGGCUGCCCUUCCUUCAAGAUUCCUUCCUCUUCCUCGCGGUGAGGACACUGUGCCUCCAUCGGCGACUACCACAGAAUUCACCACUGACGGGGAGAUUUCGGAAACGGUGGAAGGCCAGGUAGAGUAUGUGAAGACUGGGGAGAGGGAAGAGGCCCGUCUGGUUGAGGCAUGAAGAAUGUUGCUGGAUCAUGAAAGUUUUGGAAAUAAAAUAAUAAAAUAUCUCUAGUCGGGUUCUCUGCUGUCGCUCUUUAUCCUAUAAUGCCGCUUUCGAAUAUAGACAGAUGGUUGAAAAGGUGUUCGGCCAAAGU